GUCUGACUCACGCUAAUUUGACACACCUGGAGCGGCUGGAGGCGGCACGCGCGCCUCGCGCCCUUUUCAGCCGAGCACAAACGGACGCUUUCCGGAGGCGGAGAAGACGCUUUUUUUUUUUUUUGUUGGAAGAUUUAGAAGGUUUUAGAUGAUGGGGGAGGCGAAUUAAGCCGCUCAAAUGAAGCGGGCGAGCCGUUUAUUGAGCGCCGCUGCCGUGUGACUGACAGACGGGGGGGAGCGACGGGACGUGACGGACAGGUAAACAGCUGUGCGGUGAAAGCCAAUGGCCGGUUGUCCGUGACGUGAACACCUCGGACUGUGAAGCAAUGGGAACGUCGUAGCCGCCGACGCCGAGACGGUGGGGCGCGGUAUCGUCUGCGCUCCGAGACACUCCGGAGGACACAAGACCGGAGACACGGACGGAGACGGCUGGGCUUUUGUGUCGGCGGGGACAUGGCAGCGGCCAUCGCCAGCGGCUUGAUCCGCCAGAAGCGGCAGGCGAGGGAGCAACACGCUCACCGACCCACCCCGCACCGGCGACGGAAGAGCCCCGGCAAGAAGCCGGGGCUGUGCAACGGGAACCUGGUCGACAUCUUCUCCAAAGUCCGGAUAUUCGGCUUAAAGAAGAGAAGGCUACGGAGACAAGAACCACAGCUGAAGGGCAUAGUGACCAGGUUGUUCUGCAGGCAGGGCUUCUAUCUCCAGAUGGGCCAGGAUGGAAGUCUGGAUGGGACCAAAGACGACAGCACCAACACCUCUCUGUUCAACUUAAUUCCCGUGGGUCUCAGAGUUGUGGCCAUCCAAUCAGUCAAGACUGGUCUCUACAUCGCCAUGAACGGAGAGGGUCACCUCUACUCCUCAGAACUGUUCACCCCGGAGUGCAAGUUUAAGGAGUCUGUGUUUGAGAACUACUACGUCAUCUACAGCUCCAUGCUCUACAGGCAGAAGGAGUCGGGCCGCGCCUGGUUUCUGGGCCUCAACAAGGAAGGCCAGGCCAUGAAGGGAAACCGAGUCAAGAAGACCAAACCAGCUGCACAUUUCCUGCCUAAACCUAUAGAAGUUGCGAUGUACCGAGAGCCUUCGUUGCACGACGUAGGGGAGGCGGUGCCUAAGCUCGCCGGGGGCCCGCCUUCCAAAAGCACAACCAGCGAGCCAGUGGUCAUGAAUGGCGGCAAGCCUGUCAGCAAACCUGACAAGGAGGCGACAUAGCCCCGCCCCCAGUAUCUUUCCCUCUCUCACCCGGCUAAGCGGAGUCCAGGAAAAGCCAGCUACUCUGCAACAAAUGCGACAAAACAAACUCAAAGCCAAGUUUGGACUCGUCGGCAGUGGGGAGCCACACCAGGCACCUCACUGCUCACCUUAUUGGACAUAACUCAUGUUGUAGGCAGCAGAGCGCCAGAAAGGAAGAAGAUGGCGACAGCCAGCUGGAAGUGGGCAGCAGCUUGACCUUCCUUUGGAGAAGACAGGCUUCGCAAAAUGUCAACAACUACAAAAAGUACCCAAGUGUCGUAACCACCGCUGUUUUCCUGUGACAAUCUGUUACAAGGGGCCUGCUUUUCCUCCUCUGAUAGUCAACUGUUCUGUCACCAAAUGUGCUUGCUGGCUGCGGGCCUCAGACGCACAUUGCACGUACACAAGCUACACAACAUUUUUAAAUCAUUAAGACAAACAUGACGGAGUGAUGAGGACGCAGCUGUGCAUUUAGAUCUGUCACACAUUGUUCUGAUUCGACACGUUUUGUUCUUAUUUGACAGGCACUGUCUAUCAUUUUUGUUUAUUGCUUUGUUGGUAGCUUAUCAAAAGGCUGAUGGAAGACCAAGCUGCUUGGUUGUACAGAUACAGAACUGACUUCAGUUGCUACCUCCCUGUCAGCCGCUUAAAGCAUGCUAUGACAUCCGCACUCGUAGCUCCACUCAAGAAUCCCAGCAAGGACUUGCUCAAAUCGGCACAUCGCUUGAAACAAAGACAAGUGUUUGUAGCACCAAGCAGAUGAAGGCGAAGUUUCAGGCAGCAAGGUAGCAGUGUUGUUUACAUGGAGUAGCAGAGGACAAGUAGAAUGUAACUGAAUGGAAAAGCUCAAGCCUACACUCUCAGAGGAUGGCUUGCCACUGCUUGGGCUCUGGAAAGGUACAUAGUUACCAUGGUGUCCAAGAAGUAGUCCUUUGGGUACAAUCGCACAGUUUGUACCUUUUAGGGACAGAUAUGAGCUCCUAUUCCUGGCGGUGUAUCAAAACCUGCUGCCGUCCCAAUAACUUGAAUUUUAAAGGUAAGAGUGAGGGUAAAAGUGAACAGGGUAAAUCGUGUUAAAGUCACUUAGUUUGAGGCACUGUAUACAGAAGUGUGGCUUGUGACAUGAAGGCAGUUUUAAUGUACUGGCUUUUAAUAGCUGGUUUAAGGUUUGAUGAGACCUUCAAACGGCACAGGUAUUUUAGCCUCAAUCGAAAUAUCGCAUGACAAGCUGUAGUGUGGGGAACUGCAAGGAAAGAAAAUGGAGUACCCUCCUUAAUGAAAGCAAACCAAAUACAAUCCUCACUGUGACCGUCCACUUAGCUCGGAUCUGUUCAAGACUUGAAUCCUUGUUCAAAACCCGGGCUUUUGGUUCCGAUGCCAGUGCACCACACUGGUAUUCACUCAUAUAUUUUCUGUGAGUAGAUACGAAUACUGUGAUCCUACUCGUCCAGUUAGCGGCAGUAAAAGAGACGCUAGAGGCUCAGCAGAUGUGAUUUCAGUAGCUGUCCCUCCCUCUGGACUGGACCGAGAUAAAUGACCACGAAGACAGAAACGAGGCUGUG